CUCCCAAUUGCAGGAUGCAGCAGCCCUAGCCACCUCGCCACCCCGCCUCCGUCCCCAUCUCCGUCCCCGUCUCCAUCCCCAUCUCCUCCAGUAGCCUCCCCCGCCUCCGUCCCCGUCUCUGUCCGACGCGGCCUGCACCGGAGCAGCAGCCGGGCCGAAGGACCCCCACACCGACGAGGCCAUAGCAGCAGCCGGGAGUCCUUCUCCUCCUCCUCCUCCCCCUCCCCGUUCUCCUCCGCCCCUGCCAAGACCCGGCCUCCUCCGCCACUGCCUCGACCAGGCCGCGUCCGCCCCUGCCUCGACCCGGCCUCCUCCGCCACUGCCUCGACCCGGCUGCGUCCGCCCCUGCCUCGACCCGGCCUCCUCCGCUCCUGCCUCUGUAGUUCAAGGUAAGAAUUGUGUUCAAAAUGGCCGCCGAAUGGACUGAGGAUAACACUAGGAUUAUCACCGAGUUGUUUGUCGAGCAAGUGCGGUUGGGAAAUAGGCCAAACACUCACUUGACCCCCGCUGCAUAUGAGGAGGUUGCUCGUAAAUUCAAAAUGCUGACCAGUAACGAGUACAAGCAGUCUCAACUGAAAAACAAAUGGGACAAACUGAAAGGUGAGUACGGCAUAUUCAAGAGACUGAAAAUGCAGACCGGAGGGGGAUGGAACUUAGAGAAAAACACUGUGACACAAGAUGCUGAGUGGUGGAAGAAGGCCAAAAAGGACAUUCCUGGUUGCGGCAAGUUCAAGAAGCAGGGGCUUCGCAAUGAAGAGAACCUCAAGAUCAUGUUUGAAGACAUCACUAGUGAUGGUACAGAUCAUUGGAAUCCUACUUCGGGCGUACCACCUCCUUCCAGUGAAGCAUUGGCAGAUGCUAUGAAUGUUGAUGACAUCCAAGAUCUUGAUAAUGAAGAUACCGAAAUGCAACCAAGUCCAGGUAAUGCCGGAGCUAGUACCUCAGUCAAGAGGCUUGGAAAGUUUGUUCAUGAAGGGAGCAGGAAACCCAAGACUGCAAUGGUGAUGCAGGAGCAGAUUACAAGGAUUGCUGAUGUUGCUGUGCAAUCCCAAUCCUCUUUUGAGUCUUUCAUACGAGCUGAUGAUGCUAGCUCCGUGAAGAUUGUCAUGGAUGCUGUCAUAGAAUGUGGCGCUAAUGAAGGUAGUGAUGAGCACUACAUAGCCACCGAGUUGUUCGCCAAGAAAGACCUAAGGGAGAUUUUUAUGCACAUGAGUGUUGGGUCUCAUUUGGCUUGGCUCUGCAGGAAGUAUGACCACAAGUAUCCAAAGUAGAUGGUUCGAUUUUACUUAUGUGUAAUGGUUGCUUAUGUAGCAUGCUAUCGAGACUAUUUGUGCACUUUGUUGAACCAUUGUUUGGAAUCUGGCUUGUAAUGCUAUUUGGAUGAUAUUUAUCUUUAUCUAUGGAUUGUAAUGUCUCUUU